AUGCAGUUUCCCUCUAUUAGUUCUCCUUUGCCAGACCCCGCUCUUCUCCCAUACGCCUCAGGCGACAACAUACUCCCCGCACCAGACCAUCUCCGCCCCGCCCUGGACCUCUACUUACAAGACUCUUCCACCUGCCUCGCCACUCUCUCAGAGCAAAUCUCGAUCCUCGAAACGCUGCUUGGGGCCACUCAUUUCCAGCGCCAUACCGCACACCUAUCCGCGGACUUCAUAUCAACUGUAGACCAACAUCGCCAACGCAUACGAGAGUGGAGUGCAGGAAUCGACCAGAAGGUGGCGUACCUCAAAGCACUUCUGGCUAGGACCAGGACACAGCAGAUGGCGCUGGCUGAGGAGCGCGCUCGAUACGCGGCCAUUAGAAGGGUUGGUAUCUUGGACUUGCCAUUUGAAAUUCUGGGGGAUAUCCUUCUCCAUUGGUCGAUCGUCACUGGCGAGGGCACCAGCAAUCACCAACGAUCCAGGUUCAAGGAACACAGUCCGUUUGCAGUGGCAAACCUCCGAUUGGUGUGCACGAGAUGGAACGAUGUAAUUUUGGGAACGCGAGGCUUUUGGAGGGGCUUGGUUGUGGACAUCGACCGUUGGAUACCUGAUGCUUCGAGGAGCACUCUAUCCACUUUCGUCAAUGCGUGGUUCGACCGCGCAGGAGAAGAGGCGCCCCUGCGACUUGCGUUUGUUGGAAGCAACCGACCCGAUUUAACGGGAGGACAGCUCUUACGGGCAGGUUCAGAAUUCGUCGACAUUCUUUUCCGACGCAAACGACACUGGAAAGAGUGGCAUCUCAACUCAACAUUGUUGUCCGACCUGAUCUUCUUAUUUGGCGGUCUCCAGAAAUUGGUCCAGAAGUUUACGGUCGACAUGGCACAGGAAGACUACACGAGUGCAUUAAGUCGCCUGAAGAUUCUCAGUAUCUCCAAGAAUCCAGACGAAUACAUCCCCGAAGAACAAUCGAAGAUGCUUGGAUGCAAUUUGUUCGACACCCAAACGAAUGCCAAUGCACUCCCACUUGAAAGCCUCUACGUCCACUCACCGCUUUUCAUAACCAAGUCGUUCUACCCGCACCUUCCAUCUCACGUUCGAUUCCUCCACAUCCAUGCCCCUGGAAAGAUCGACGUUCCCAAGGAUAAAAUCUUCCUACUCCCCCGUCUUGAAGAGCUCAUCCUGGAACUGGGACCCAGAUCUGAGAUCGACAGAGAGGGCUUCCCAGCUACGAACCAAUCCUUCCAGCGGUUAAUUCUCAUCGGACGACGCGCCACGGAAUCCCUUCCCAAGUUGUUCAAAGAUCUUACCCUCCCUUCCCUCAACCUCCUGCGAUUCGAGGACAUAGGAAUGGUAGACUUUGAGUAUAACUGGCGGGGAAACGAAAUCGAGGACUUCCUCGUGCGAAACACUCCCGGUCCAAAGUUUGCUUUGAACUUUGAGAAUUGUGGGUUAGUGUCAUCGUGCAUAGGAGGGAUCGAAUUCGUGAUUGAGAAAUUCAAUCUGGGAGGGAUCACACAUUUAUGCCUCGCCAGCCCCGACUUUCUCGUACACGGGAGCAAGGCUACCUUGCGAACGCUGUACCAGACCGCUCAAGUGAUCGCAUGCCGGACGUACCGGGACGCUGGCUUUCGAGAGGUUAUCGAAGCAUUGCGAUCACAUUGCAUGCAGCAGGAGACGGUGGUAUAUCUACCACGCCCCGUGAAGGAGACUGUGUGGAACUUGAAUUCGUUGAUAGGCGUGAUGAAUGUGCGGCCUGUGUCCAAGUUGGAGUUGGAUACUCUUUUUGAGACGGGGAUCCGUGGCCACCAGUACAGCGAAGUGGUCAGCGACUACAGCCGGUGA